GGCGCAUAGAACCACAUGCUAAAACAUAACAAAACCGUUAGAACCCACCUCCUUAUGCUCCUUCCACAAUCGCCCCACUACUCCCACACAAUCGAUUGCCAAGGGCAACAGAUCACCCGUUCGGUUCGCGGUUAGAUCGAUAUCGGGGGCAAACCAUAUUCUGGAAUUUUUCAUUUUUGGAUUGCUGUGCACCGACAUUUCCGACUAAAAUUCACCGAAAAAUGACCACUCCAAAACCGCUUCUGAGCGCCGAAAACUUAGCUCUUACCAACAAGAAAAUUGCCGAGUUGAAGAAGAAGGUGCAACUGGCAGAGGGUCAAAAGAAGGCCUACACUGAGGAAUGGGCUGAAACCCGGAAAGGCCAAAACGACAAAAUCACCGAGCUGAAGAAGGAAGUGCGCGACCUAACGAACAAGUUGUCCUACCUGCACAACCCGAACAGCGCCAAGGCGCAGAAGAACGUUCAGGAAAUCAAGCGGAGGGUUCAGCUUCCACCGGGGGCCAGAACCGUACAGGAUGCGCUGCACAUAGUGGAUCUGAAGAUAAUCGACGUGAACAAGCAGGCGGAUGCCACCGAGGCGAAGCACAAGAAGCGCGAGAUCUACUACAAGAAGCUGCUGGAUCAGUACCACAUGCUGAUGGGAUACAAGCACUCCAGUGCGGAUGGUUCGAAUCCUCCGGAGACGGUGGAAGAGGAUGCCAAUAGGAAGUUGAUCACGCACUUGGAGAACGAGAUUCAUCGGACUUCGGUUCAGUGGAUGGAGGCGGAGCACAUCAGGAAGAAGUACAGGGGGAUCAAGUUGGCGUUGAUGCGCGAUGCGGAGAAGUUCGAGAGUUCUCUGCUGGAGCUUGAGCAAGCCAUUACGGAACAGCAGGCUGAGAUAACGAAGCUGGAGGCAGUGCACAAGGAGGCCAUGCAGAUGCGAGACAGCACCAAAUCGAUACUGCAACGCCAGGAGCAGACGACGCACUACGCCAACAAGGCGCGGGAGAAACAGGCGCUGGAUUUCCGUCGGCAGGUCGAGGAACGCAAGCAGGAACUGGAACGGCUGGAGCGGAAGAUAUUCUCCUCCGGGAAGACGAUGGUACACCAGGAAAGUGUGCUGUCAGCAUCGGGGGAUCACUCGGCCGGAAAGGGCGAUGGGGAAGACUCGAGCGGACACGACAAGGAAACGGCAUCGGAGAUGGAACAGAAGUUCAAGAAACUGAUGCAGGCGACAGGUGUCAGCACAGCGAGCGAAGUCGUUGAUCGCUUCCUGGCCCAGCGGGAAGCCUCGGCCCGGUUGACGUACCUGCGCACGGUUACCGAGAACGAGAAGAAACAAUUGGAAUCACAACGGGAGCUGAUGACGGCCCAAUUGGACGCGUUCAAGUUCGCCGAUGUCAAGGACAGCGAUGUCAACCAAGAAGAGCUGGAGAAGAUCCGGAACUCGAUCGAGGAGCAGAAGGCACGCCGAGAGGAGUGCGAGAAGGCAAUCGAUUACACCCGGAAUGUGUUUAAUACGAUCAAAGACUCGUUGGUGGAGCUGUUGCUGGCCCUGCGGGAGAUCGACGACAAUUUGGAGGUGCAAUUUUUGACCAGAUCACCGACCGAGAAGCCGCUGGAUCUGGAGGACAUAUCAUCCGAGAACAUUUCCGUUGAUGAUCUGGGAAAUAUGCUGGAGGAUAAAAUCAAGCUGGGUAUGAUUGCCAGCGGUCAGCUGGCAACCGAAACCGACAGUGGCUUGUCCGAGGAAGAAACCGAGCAACAACUCCCGCCGCGACCGGCUAGUUCGGCGCUGCAAAUUCCCACGGCGAGUCCUUCGGUGGGAACGUCUUCCAUACAGGAGGACCGGGAGAAACCUCCGGCGUAUCCGCCGGUUUACGUAAAUUUGAUUGCCGGCCGAACGACGGCACAGAUAUCAUCGGCUUCGCCAGGACCGGGUGCAACGGUCGUGCUUUCGGACGAUGAAGCGGAGGUUCCGUCGCGAAGCUAUCUGAAACGUCAGGCGAACAUGAUCAUCGAGGCCAAGUCCAGAAGGAAGGGCUUCCGGAUGCCGCCGCCGAAGAGACGUUAAAAUGAUUUAUUGCAGUACAGUUUUGUACCAAAUACAUACGAUUUUAAGA